UGUACAUUUAGGUCAGCUAAAAGUGUAAGAAUCAGGACUUGAAAAGAGAGUAUCACUUUAAGCGCAGUUUUGUGCCCUCUGACACAUACAGACUUUGACCACAUGGCUCUGAGGUGGAGGAUAUCAGAGUCCACAUGUUUGAGAAUUCGCUGUCCCAAAACAUCUGAGUGUUGUACUGAAACUGUUAAGGAUCCUGUGGAAAGUCAAACACUGUACUCGUUAAAGUCCGAGUGAACAGGAUCACGAGGUGAAAGGAAUUGUUCCUUUACUGGACAAUAACAGGGUCCUGUCUGGCCUAUAGUUUGGAUGAUGGAAUAUGUAAAAGCAAAAGAGUUUGUCUCCAACCUACCUUUUGUUAAGUCUGUCUCUUCUAUGGGAACAGAGCUAAGCAAACGAGUUUCAUCUCUAACAGCUCCAAACCCAAGACCAUAUCGAAUUUGUAACCAUGACCGACAUAUCAAGAAAGGAGUCACAGCCUGCAGCCUGCGAGAACUCAUUGUUAAGGCCAUGGAAACCCUGAUGAUAGCUGGAACGGUCUCAGUGGUUCUGGAAGAAGAUGGCACUCUGGUGGAGACAGAGGAAUUCUUUGAGAUGUUGGACAAUGAUACCACAUUUAUGGUGCUGGAGAAAGGUCAGCGUUGGAGGCAUGCAAAGAGUGGAGUUGUAUCCUAUUCCACAAAUGAGAAACCAAAGAACAGCAAAGAUAUUGCUCGGAUCACCUUUGACAUCUACAAACUGCACCCGCGAGAUCUUUUUGGCAGUCUCAACGUCAAAGCCACCUUCUAUGGCCUCUACUCCAUGAGUGUUGAUUUCAAGUGCCUUGGGCCUAAGAAGGUUCUCAGAGAGGUUCUGCGUCUGGCUUCCUCUUUGAUGCAUGGACUUGGAAAUCUCUUUCUUGUGGCUGCCACCUGCAUUCGCCGAAUCAUAGAUGGACCUGAGCAGUGGCAGCCUGUCAGGGUCACAGAAUACCUUGAGCAAUAACAGAUCUAAUAAACCACAAGGGAACAGGAACUUGGAAAUACACUGACCAUUUUUAUGAUUAUAGCUAUUUCUUUGCUAAAAAAAAAAAAAAAAAGACAGCGAGAACAUGAAGGUAUCACAUGCUCAUGAAAACUGUAAUUUCAUGAUGAUGCUGUCCUAUUUGCAGAAGUGGUUUAUGAAUACAAACAAGUAGCAGUGAUGGGAAAUAAGGAAACUGAACAACACAGAACAGUUCAUAAGAUGUUUGCUAAACUUCACCUCUGUUAACACGUAUAAUCACCUCCCUUAGGCUGAUACAAAUGAGGAGAUUCUCAGUCCAGAAAAGCUUCCUUUGUAGAAAUAUCGAACAUGAUCUUUUCUAAAAUGUAUAAACACUCAAAAUGCCACCAAUUAAAAUCUACAACACUG